AUGACAUCUGCUGUCUACUUCUGUGACAAUAAAGGUAAGCCAAUCCUCUCUAGAAGAUUCAAGGAUGAUGUACCACUGAAUGCCAUUGAUAAAUUUCAAGUCGUACUGUCAGAUCUCGAGGAAGAAUCGAGUAUUAUUCCUCCAUGUAUUACACAUAAUGGAAUUCAAUAUCUAUUUAUUCAACACAAUGAUCUAUAUAUUGUUGCAUUAGCAACAUCAUUAGCAACAAAUAUCGCUGAAAUUUUUACUUUUUUGCAUAAGAUGAUGGAUAUUUUAGGUGAUUAUUUAAAAACAGUAGAAGAAGAGUCUAUUAGAGAUAAUUUUGUAAUCGUUUAUGAAUUAUUAGAUGAGAUGAUGGAUUUUGGUAUUCCUCAAAUUACUGAAACAAAGAUGUUGAAAAAAUAUAUUACUCAGAAAUCGUUUAAAUUAGUAAGAGCAGCCAAGAAGAAAAGAAAUGCAGCAAGACCACCAAGCGAAUUAACUAAUUCAGUCAGCUGGAGAGCUGAAGGGAUCAAAUAUAAGAAAAAUGAAGCCUUUUUGGAUAUUAUUGAAUCCAUUAAUAUGUUAAUGACGCAGAAUGGGAAAGUUCUUAGAUCUGAAAUCUUAGGUAGUGUCAAAGUGAAAUCAAGGUUAUCUGGUAUGCCUGAUUUAAAACUUGGUAUUAAUGAUCGUGGUAUAUUUACCAAGUAUUUAGAUGGUAAUAAUAUAGGUGUUACUUUAGAAGAAUCAGAUCAACCUAGUAAGAGUAGUGAAAGUUCCAUUACUAAUACUAAUGGUAAGACUAAGACCAAUAUUGAAUUAGAAGAUUUGAAAUUCCAUCAGUGUGUCAGAUUAAGUAAAUUUGAAAAUGAAAAGAUUAUUACUUUUAUUCCUCCUGAUGGUGAUUUCGAACUAAUGAGUUAUAGAUUAAAUACAGUGAUUAAACCAUUAAUUUGGUGUAACAUGAAAGUGAAAGUACAUUCGAAAUCAAGAAUUGAAAUAUUCUGUACAGCAAAAGCACAAAUUAAGAAGAAAUCUGUUGCAACUAAUGUUGAGAUUAUUAUACCUGUUCCAGAGGAUGCCGAUACACCAACUUUUAAAUAUUCACAUGGUAAGAUUAAAUGGGUUCCUGAACAAAAUGCCAUAGUAUGGAAGAUUCAUACAUUCCCAGGUGGUAAAGAAUACGCAAUGUCUGCUGAAUUAGGAUUACCAUCUAUAAAUAGUGAAGAAGAACCAAAAUUUAAGAGGCCUGUACAAGUGAAAUUUCAAAUUCCAUAUUUUACUACAUCAGGUAUUCAAGUACGUUAUUUGAAGAUUAAUGAACCUAAACUUCAAUAUAAGAGUUAUCCAUGGGUUCGUUAUAUAACACAAAACGGUGAUGAUUAUACGAUAAGGCUUUCAUGA